AUGCCAGCCUACAAAGAUAUGUUGGUGUUUGCAGUGCUCUUUGCCAUCUCGGGACUCACCCACAGUCAAAAGCUGCCAAGUUUUGAUCUCCUGGAGGAAUUUCGUGUGCCUGAGUCGAAAGGAGUGAAGCAAGUGGAUGGCUCGCAACCUGAGGCAGUGGCCUACCGCAUCAACCCCUCCAUCCAUCUACGCAGGACCAUGAGCGAUGUGUACCCAGAUGGUCUUCCCUCCGACUACUCUGUCAUCGCAACGUUUAAGGUGACCAAGGACACAGCCAAGAAAUCCUGGAACCUGUGGCAGGUCAGCGACCCUGAGGGACGAGAGCAAGUUGGCCUACGUUUCCAGGGUGACACACGCUCCUUGGACUUCUUCUACACCAGCCCCCAUGGGAGCCAGAUGCUGAGGACCUUCCAUGGUGUGGAAAAGCUAUUUGAUGGCGAGUGGCACAAGUUGGCGCUGAGUAUGAAGGGCAACCAAGUGAAGCUGCUGAUAGACUGUCAAGAGGUCAGCAUAGAGUCUAUUGAUGAGCCAAGGCCAGUCAUCCACCACGGGUACACCUCCAUCGUCAAGCGGGCUGCAGGAGAUCGCUCAGUGUCUGUGGACCUCCAGCAGAUGGAAGUGUCAUGUGACCCAGAGCAGGCCUAUUCAGAGGGCUGCUGUGAACUCUCCAACGUGUGUGGCGGGUAUGCAGAGAUAGGCCUGACAGCUGGAAGAGCAUCUUGCAAAUGUAUGCAUGGACAACCUGGGAUUCAGGGACCUCCAGGGCCUAAGGGUCACAGCGGUCUUCCAGGAGAACCCGGAGACCGGGGAAGACAAGGAAAUUGGGGGAUCAUGGGAAACACAGGAGACUAUGGAAACGUUGGUGAGCCGGGCCCAAAGGGUGAAGAGGGAAUCAAAGGCGAGAAAGGAAUGAGAGGACUCUGGGGCCAAGUGGGAGACAGGGGUCCCAAGGGACUGAAAGGAUUAGAAGGGGCAGCAGGCUUUAAGGGUGUUCGGGGACCACCUGGAGACAUUGGAGAGACCGGGGAACCAGGAGAAGUUGGUGCUCAAGGUGAAACAGGAUACGAAGGAAUUGCUGGUUUUCAAGGAGUUAAGGGAGAAAAAGGGCCCACGGGUGCAGCUGGGCGCUCUGGACCCCAAGGAAAGCAGGGUAUUGUGGGGGAUCCUGGAGAGAGGGGAACUCCUGGAGAGAAGGGGCAGCCUGGGAUCCCAGGACCUGUGGGCAGAGCUGGAACUAUUGGAGAAAAGGGCAUUAUUGGAGAUCCAGGGUAUACAGGCAGAGAUGGUGACCCGGGAAUAGAGGCUUAUCAAGGACCACAAGGCCUCAGUGGAAAUUUUGGACUAAGUGGAGCAGAGGGAGAGAAAGGCGCCCUGGGGGCAGCGGGAGAAAUGGGUCCCCAAGGUCGAACUGGCCCAAGAGGUUACAAGGGUUCUGCAGGGAAGCCAGGAAGACCUGGAUUUAUUGGCCCACCGGGACCUACUGGACACGUGGGUGUGCCUGGAAAACCAGGGACCAAGGGUGACACAGGAAUACAGGGAAUCCAAGGAGGUAAAGGUGGAGAGGGAGAUAGCGGAAUUAAGGGCCCAAAAGGAAAGGUUGGAGACAGGGGUGAGCAGGGUCCUCAGGGAGGACGGGGGAAGCGCGGCCCAGCUGGCCCACCUGGACGUUCAGGUCCUGUCGGAGUCAAAGGGGUUCGAGGUGAAGGAGGACCAGAUGGGUUUCAGGGCCCCCCAGGCCCACCAGGCCCGACCCUCCCCGCUCAACACGUGAUUGAGGUUUGUAAGAAAGUGGUCCUGGAGCAGAUGUCCACCUUUGCCAACUCAGUGAAGAGGACGUGUGCUGCUGUUUGUCCUCUCUAUGGGGAUGUGCCUAUGGGUUCUCCAGGUCCACCUGGACAGACAGGGCCAUCAGGACCUCCUGGUGACCCUGGUAAUAAUGGUGUUGAUGGAGAAGUGGGCCAGCCGGGAUUCUAUGGAGAACCUGGCGAUGCAGGCGGACAAGGAGAAACAGGUGACAGCGGAGAACAAGGUGAUAAAGGAGCCAAGGGUCAUGGCAUACCUGGCUACACUGGAGACCAGGGUCCAAAGGGUCAACGUGGACGUCCUGGCAGGGCCUUUAACGGCCAGCCAGGGAAACAUGGUGAGAGGGGACAUGUAGGUCGGCCAGGACUCAGGGGCCACGCAGGUCUCAGAGGACCACCAGGUGUCUGCCUCACCUCUGGGUGUGCUCAACUCAAUGCCACUGGUGGGACACCUCAGCAAGCACCCAGCAGGUUGAGGAAUCGCCCAUAG